UUUUUGAAGCGGAAACCUAACCGGAAGUUGAAGAAGCGUUUUCCGGCUGGCGCUGGAGUCCCGCCCCAUCUGUCUGUGCCAUCUUGAACAAAAACGGUGGCUGAAACAAGGCCAAGAGAGAGAUGGGGCGCAUUUUUAAAUCAACUUUUACAGGCUAAUUCCUCGAUAUUAGUUGGGACCGGACAUUUGACCCGGAAGCGAAGCUUCGUGGACGAACACCAGCCACACCCCGCACAGCAGCUAACGUUAGCUUCCAAGCUAGCCGUGUAGCGGAUGCUAACAGCAGAGGAGGGAGCCAGCGGGACCGUUUCAAUCAGCCGGCGGGCCGUGUUGGAGCAAACCUUGGCCCCUUUUGUCGUGCCGGUGAACUCGGGUGGCACCGAGGAGGAGACGUGUUGGUGUGCUGCUGCUAUGAGGACACAGGCUCGUUAGCUCGACUGCUCGCGGUUGUUUUUCGUUCCAGAGCGGAACCACACUAAGCCGCGGCCCUGGCCAUGCCCUCGAGCGCACGGGCGGGCAAUCUGAAGGACCCGGACGUGGCGGAACUCUUCUGCAGAGACGACCCGGAGAAGCUGUUUGCUGACCUCAGGGAGAUCGGCCAUGGCAGCUUUGGAGCCGUCUACUUUGCCCGAGAUGUGCGCAACAAUGAGGUGGUGGCCAUCAAGAAGAUGUCGUACAGCGGCAAGCAGACAAACGAGAAAUGGCAGGACAUCAUCAAGGAGGUGAAGUUCCUGCAGAAGCUUCGCCAUCCAAACACCAUAGAGUAUCGGGGAUGCUACCUGAAGGAGCACACAGCCUGGCUGGUGAUGGAGUACUGCCUUGGCUCCGCCUCCGAUCUCCUGGAAGUCCAUAAAAAGCCACUGCAGGAAGUUGAGAUUGCUGCUAUUACCCACGGUGCACUGCAGGGACUAGCGUAUCUUCACUCCCACAACAUGAUCCACAGGGACGUGAAAGCUGGCAACAUUCUGCUGACGGAGCCCGGUCAGGUAAAACUGGGUGACUUUGGCUCCGCCUCCAUCGUGGCCCCGGCCAACUCCUUUGUGGGCACGCCUUACUGGAUGGCUCCAGAGGUGAUCCUGGCCAUGGACGAGGGUCAGUACGAUGGAAAAGUGGACGUGUGGUCACUGGGGAUUACCUGCAUCGAACUGGCGGAGAGGAAGCCACCCCUGUUCAACAUGAACGCUAUGAGUGCCUUAUACCACAUCGCUCAGAAUGAAAGCCCCGUCCUGCAGUCCAAUCACUGGUCCGACUCCUUCCGCAACUUUGUGGACUCGUGUCUGCAGAAGAUCCCCCAGGACCGGCCCACCUCGGACGUGCUGCUCAAUCAUCGCUUCCUGUGUCGCGAGCGGCCAUUGACGGUGGUCAUGGACUUGAUCGCUCGCACCAAGGAUGCUGUACGGGAGCUGGACAACCUGCAGUACCGCAAAAUGAAGAAGAUCCUCUUCCAGGAGACCCAGCAGAACGGCCCCGUGUCUGAGGGAGGAGAGGACGAGGAGGAGGCGGAGCAGUACCUGUUGAGGACCGGCACAGUGAACAGCAUGGAGAGCUCCCAGUCUGUGCCCAGCAUGUCCAUCUCCGCCAGCUCCCAGAGCAGCUCCGUCAACAGCCUGGCCGACGCCUCGGACGACAGCAGCGGCGAGAUGGCAAUGAUGCAGGAGGGCGAGCACACGGUCACGUCCAACAGCUCCAUCAUCCACCGACCCGCCGCUCAGGACAACAUCUACGACGACCCUUACCAACCAGAGCUUGAGCAGCCACAGGCUCCCUCUGCUGGCCGGCGCCGGGCCUACUAUCGCAACCGUGACCACUUUGCCACCAUCAGGACCGCCUCCCUGGUGACCCGGCAGAUUCAAGAGCACGAGCAGGGCUCGGCACUGCGGGAGCAGAUGUCUGGGUACAAGCGCAUGAGGCGGCAGCACCAGAAGCAGCUGAUGGGCCUGGAGAACAAGCUGAAGGCGGAAAUGGAUGAGCACCAGCUCAAGUUGGACAAGGAGCUGGAGAACCAGAGGAACAGCUUCUCCUCAGAAGCCGACAAGUUGGUCAAGAAGCACCAGGCCAUCUUGGAGAAAGAGACAAAAGCUGCGCUGGCAGAAGAGAAGAAGUUCCAGCAACACAUUUUGGGUCAGCAGAAGAAGGAACUGACCAGUCUGCUGGAAUCACAGAAGCGUCAGUAUCGUCAGCGCAAGGAGCAGCUUAAAGAGGAGCUCAACGAGAACCAGUCCACUCCCAAGCGGGAGAAGCAGGAGUGGCUGAUCCGACAGAAGGAGUGUCUGCAGCAGAUGCAGGCGGAGGAGGAGGCCAGUCUGCUCCGCAGGCAGAGGCAGUACUACGAGCUGCAGUGUCGCCAGUACAAGAGGAAGAUGCUGCUGGCUCGCCACAACCUGGAACAGGAUUUGCUCCGAGAGGAUCUGAACAAGAAGCAGACCCAGAAGGACCUGGAGUGUGCCAUGUUGCUGCGCCACCACGAGUCCACUCAAGAGUUGGAGUUCAGGCAGCUGGGCACGGUGCAGCGGACCCGGGUGGAGCUGAUCCGAACGCAGCACCAGACGGAGCUGACCAAUCAGAUGGAGUACAACAAGCGGCGAGAACAAGAGCUUCGACAGAAACACACCGUGGAGGUCAGGCAGCAGCCCAAAAGCCUGAAGUCCAAAGAGCUGCAGAUCAAGCGGCAGUUCCAGGAGACCUGCAAGAUCCAGACCCGUCAGUACAAAGCCUUGCGGAACCACCUCCUGGAGAGCACGCCCAAGUCCGACCACAAGGCCGUCCUCAAACGCGUGAAGGAGGAGCAAACGCGCAAGCUGGCCAUCUUGGCCGAGCAGUACGACCACUCCAUCAACGACAUGCUGUCCACACAGGCUGUGAGUAAGCUGCGACUGGACGAGACCCAGGAGGCGGAGUACCAGGUUCUGCACAUGCAGCUGCAGCAGGAGCUGGAGCUGCUCAACGCUUACCAGAGCAAGAUCAAGAUUCACACUGACACGCAGCACGAGCGCGAGGUCAAGGACCUGGAGCAGCGGGUGUCCAUACGCCGCGCCCUGCUGGAGCAACGGAUCGAGGAGGAGAUGCUGUCCCUGCAGAACGAACGCUCCGAGCGGAUACGGGCGCUGUUGGAGCGGCAGGCGCACGAGAUCGAGGCCUUCGACUCCGAGAGCAUGCGUCUGGGCUUCAGCAACAUGGCGCUGAGCGGCAUCCCCGCCGAGGCCUUCAACCAGGGCUACCCCACGCCCAGCCCCUCAUCGGGCUCCGGGGGCUGGCCCUCGCGACCCGUCCCUCGCUCGGGCAGCCACUGGAGCCACAGCGUGCAGAACUCUGUGGCCACGCCGUCCUGGCGCAGUCAGAACCACGCCGGCGGGGGCUUCGCCAGGACGGAGUCUGUGGUGUCCUCGCAGGGUUUUGGCAGGGACGGCGAAUCCAACAAGAGCGGGAGGAGCCACUCGUCCACGCCACAGCAGCACUAUCAGCACCACCAGAGCACCCCCCACCUGUACCGUGACGAGCGCGAGCGUGCCAGGGAGUGGGUGGGAGGGGGCGGCCAUUAUUCCCAUCAUUCCCAGGGGCACCAUCACCACCACCACCACCACCUCCUCUCCUCCCACGCCUCCUCACAGUCCCUGGCUCUGCUGCCACCCCCGCCUGCGCCUCCCCCCAUAUCCCUCUCCUCCUCCCCGCCCUCCUCCGCCUCCUCGUCGUCCUCGUCUCAGGGAGGCUACGGAGGCGGGGGGCUCGGUGUCAGGGGCCCUGGCCUGAUGGCCCUCAGGAACAGCCCCCAGCCUCUGCGCAGGACGGCUUCGGGGGGUCCGGGGGGUGGCAGCGAUGGAGGUCUCAGUCGGAGCACGUCGGUCACGUCCCACAUUUCCAACGGCUCGCACCUGUCCUACUCGUGAAGCCGACAUGGGCGCCGCCUCCGGCACGACUUUCCAGAAUUUGAAGGAGUCACGGGCAGUUCCUUGGAGAUUUUAUUGUCGGAGCCUCGUGCUCGUGCACAAACGCUCACGUCAGGUGGCGCUUCCUCUCAGCUAGCUAGCGGUGCUUUUAAACUACUCCCACUUUGUACAUAGGACGCCGCUUCCGUCACCACGCCGACAUUUUGGGAAAUGCUUAGCUUAGCACCCUGUUAGCAUAGCCCUGCUUUCCAAGCCUCACAGUUACUCCAACAUGCCCAGCUUAGCUCAUUAGCUUAGCUCAUUAGCUUAGCUCAUUAGCUUAGCAUGCUGUCGCCACCGUCUUCUUUUCCACUUCUUUAUUUGAAAAAGUUAUUUUUAUAACUGACUUUUAACAUUUUUAUGUGCGAAGGGAACCCUGAUGAAAGGAGUUUGUGUCACGUUACCACGGCGACGCCUAGAAGGCCUCCUGGUCAAUUAGAUUCCUGGUAAAUUCCUGGUAAAUCUCCCAAAAUGUCGUGUGCUGCUUUGACAGGCUGCGCGUGCACGUGGUGUAGUUCUAGAAAAAGCAUUAAUGUGAAGCCGCUAGUGUACAUAGCCCACUAACUCCAGCUGUCUUAGUAAGAUAAGGAUUCUCUUGUCAUGUGACCUGAAGACAAUAGAUGCUCUCAUUAUCGCUACUACUGUAAUAUUUAUGUUUAGAAAAUGUGAUGCCGAGCUUGACCACUAGGGGGAGACAAAGCGCAGUGCGGCCUGCCUGCGAUGGACAAACGGCAACUACAUUUGCCAGCAUUCCCGUCUUCUACUUUUCUUCUACUCCGUGUCAGUAUUACAAUACUUUGGUGCCAUGUUCAACUUGCUUUUCUUCCUUUUUGUGGACAAACACCGCGUCUUAGCUUGCAGAGUCCGGGUAGAAGUUGAGAACCACCAGGCCGCUUGUCCUCAGGCCGUGGCAGGAAGCUGACAUGUUUUGUUGUCACGUCUACCUCAUUUGCACAUCUCGGACCUUGCGGAGACCAUUUAGCCGCAAGUGUUUCAUUUCAGGAUCGAACAUGAAGGCUUUCCACCAGGUCAUAGCAGCGCCCUCCAUUCAAGAUUAUUUUUCUAGUGUUCGAGGAGCAGGAAAGCCGACGAUACCGGUUGGUGCUGGGGAGUCUCACGCUGAAGGAGUCAACUCGAUGCUUUUCUUUCCUCUCGAAAGUGACUAAAUGGGGGGGGGGGCGUUGUACAGAAGCAUAACAAUACUUUUGGAUGAAUAAACAGCAGUAC